CCUAGCGAAUUUACAAAUUGGUACCCCCGACCGUCGUCUUCUUCGAUCUACUGCAAGUCUGCAACCUUAGGCGGUUCAAUGUCGAGAAAAAGAGAUAAUCUGGCUGUUGUCUUGGACGGUAUACUUGUCGGCUUGCCCCCCUUGCCCUCUUCUGCACCCACCAUCUUUAGGGUUGACGAUGAUUUACGAUCCCCUUCUUCGGAGCAUUAUGAACCGAAAUUGAUAUCUAUCGGCCCUUUUCACUACGGUAAGGCCCAUCUACAGAAGAUGGAGAUUCACAAAUUAAGGUACCUAAAGAAUUUACUGAAAGAAACGAGGGAGUCGAGUGUCGAUAGGUAUAUCGCUGCAAUGAGACCAUUGGAAAAAAGAGCGCGUGCAUGUUAUCUAGAGGGGGAUCUCGGGGAUUUUACGUCGGAUCAGUUUGUGCUAAUGAUGCUUGUUGAUGGAUGCUUCGUCAUAGAGUUUCUUAGGAAGCUUUUUUGGGUUAAUUUGAGGGAAAAGGAUGACCCCGUUUUUCGAUAUAGAGGGUUACUUGGUAAGGUGCAACUUGAUUUAAUAUUACUCGAGAAUCAAGUUCCGUUUUUCGUUCUUGACAAGUUGUUCUCUAUGACAAUAGAUGAAAGCGAUGAUGUCACUAUUCUCUUCUUGAUUCGGUUUUAUGCUGGAUGUGUUUCACCGUGGCCGAUUGAUUUUUGGGAUCAAGAUGUGGCAAUGGAAGAUGUGGAUCACCUUCUUGGCCUCCUUCACAGACUGUGGUGUUCUUCUGUGACGAAGCUGGACGAUAAGAAAGGGGAAGUCGAGGCCGUAAAAUCUGUAUCCGAAUUAAAAGAGUUUGGAAUCGAGUUUGAGAAGAUCAAGAAAACUGACUGUGGAUUGAAUAUACAGUUCAUCGAUGGGGUGUUGAAGUUGCCAGGUGUCAUAUUUGCAGAUGUUACGGAGCGAGUCUUCAGAAAUUUAAUCGCGUAUGAGCACUACUUCAUUGAGGGGCGUCCCAGAUUCGUUUCGAACUACAUCUAUUUCGUGCGCUCGCUCGUGAGUUCCUCAAAUGACGUGAAAUUGUUGCGUGAUGUUUGUAUUGUCACUAGCCCAUUCCGCAACGAUGAAAAGAUUUCUCUUAUGUUGGAGAGUUUAAGCACAAACGUCUACGUAACAUCUUACUAUUCAGACAUCUGCAGCAAGGUCAUUGAGCAUUGUGAUUGUGAGAUGGAUGGCGAUUUUGAAGAGGGUGGACAGUCGAACACGUCUUAACACUGUUAUUUCCGAGAUUGAAAAUUAUCCGUUAUUUAUAACAGUCUUAGACUGUAGUUUUGUUUUCUCUCGGUUUAAAGUUAUGUAUAGCGCGUUUACGAGACAAGAAUCGAUAAUCGUAAAAAAAAAAAUUAGAUUCUAAACUGUAAUGUCUCAUGAUCUCAGGUACCUAAUAUGAUCAAGAAUCGAUUUUAAUGAAAAACGAAGAUAUUGUAUAUUAUUAUUAUUUCCAGGUCGCA